CCCGCGCCCCUCCUUCGCGGCCCGCGCGGGGUCGGGUGGUCCUUGCAGUCUCUCCGCCUCCGCAGCGUAGCGCGUCGCAGCCUCCUGACCGCUCGCCAGCUCUCGGGACCAUGGCCAACCUGGAGCGCACCUUCAUCGCCAUCAAGCCGGACGGCGUGCAGCGCGGCCUGGUGGGCGAGAUCAUCAAGCGUUUCGAGCAGAAGGGAUUCCGCCUGGUGGCCAUGAAGUUCCUCCGGGCAUCCGAAGACCACCUGAAGCAGCACUACAGUGACCUGAAAGACCGUCCUUUCUUCCCCGGGCUGGUGAAAUACAUGAACUCAGGGCCUGUGGUGGCCAUGGUCUGGGAGGGGCUGAAUGUGGUGAAAACUGGUCGAGUAAUGCUUGGGGAGACUAAUCCAGCUGAUUCUAAGCCAGGCACCAUUCGAGGGGAUUUCUGCAUUCAAGUUGGCAGGAACAUCAUUCAUGGCAGUGAUUCCGUGAAAAGUGCUGAAAAAGAGAUCAGCCUAUGGUUUAAGCCAGAAGAAUUGGUUGAUUACAAGUCUUGUGCUCAUGACUGGGUCUAUGAGUAGAGGUGGACAAAACAAGGUCCCCUUUAUUUAGCAUUGCCUGAUGAGUCCUUGGACGCACAGCUCUUCAUUCCACUGACCAGAUGUGAUAGAAUGCACCAUUCUUUUCUAAAGCAUAUCCAAUAAAGUACCCUUGGAACUGG